AUUUUACUAUGCCACGCCGGGAAAGAUGGUGCAAUGUCUAAAAAGUGUGGGAAUUAACAGAGAAUCCUGUUGUUUUGAUUGAUGAGAUUGAUAAGGUUUUCUUUGUAUGCACAACAAAUGUGAUAGUCUGAUAGACAUGAUUCCUACUCCUCUGUUAAAUAGAAUGAUUACUAUUGCAGGGUAUCACUUCGAUGAGAAAAUGCAUAUCACUAGAGACUAUUUGGAGAAAACCGAACGAAAGGAUUGUGGCAUUAAGCCUGAAGAGGUUGAUGUAAGCGAUGCGGCUCUUCGUUUCUUGAUAAAAAAUUACUGCAGAGAAGUAGGAGUUAGGUCUCUCCAGAAGCAUAUUGAGAAGAUUUACCGCAAGUACGAGAAGAUACAUCCGAUACGACACAUUGAAACGGCUAAAACGGUUUCGAUUGACAAAACGAACCUUGCAGAUUAUGUUGGCAACCCGAUUUAUUUCGAGACCAAAGUAAGAAAGAUCUAUGAGCAGAUCCCGGUCGGGGUUGCAGUGGGCCUAUCGUCUAAAGAAAUAGGGUACAUAGAGACGAAAGUAAUUGAAGAAGAGAAAGGCAAAGGCAGCCUCAAAGUAAUGACGGGUCAGCUUGGGAAUGUGAUGAAAGAAAGUGCCAGUAAAAAUGACUGUCCAAGCGGAGGUUGCACCAUGAUCACUUCCUUGCUAUCACUUGCCAUGAAGAAGCCUGUGAAGAAAGAUCUUGCAAUGACUGGACAAGUCACUCUAACCGGUAGAAUUCUUCCAAUUGGCGGCGUCCCACGGCUAAACUUGCUUCUAACAACGACUCCAGAACUUAUCAACAAGAUUGAAACUUACCUCAAUGGACACUAUACAUGUCCUCAUCAACAAACAGAGAAGUGUCGUGGUGAGAAACUAAAAGCUAUGAAUUUUCCAAUCUCCAUGAUCAAAAUUGGAACAUGGAACCCCGUUGCAGAAAACCCUGAUGAUAUUGUGGCGAAAUUCUAUUUUGCAAAGAAGAAACUUAUAUGGGAGUUUCUCUUGGGAGAACCAGAAACUAACACGCCGAGGCUGAAGAGUAAGAUCGAGAUUCAAUGGAAUGAUGUCUCAUCUUUUGAAGAGAGUAUUAAUUUACGUGAUGAAACUGGAAUCCUCAAAAUCGAGUUGAGAAAACGUCCAACAUUCUUCAUCGAGACUAAUCCACAGGCAGGGAAACACACUCAAUGGAAACAGUUGGAUCGCGAUUUCACCGACAAUCAGGCUUCUACUUGCAGGAGACAUACAAUUCAUUUUCCUCCCGGAGUUCUGCAAAAGAACUUGGAGAAGCUUCUGACUGAUAGCUUCUGGUCCAAACUCUAUAACGUCCCUUUCCCGGUAGAAGAAUCUCUUUUCUUCGAUAUCGGCUUUGAAAACAACAACUCAUCUCACAUCAUCCACAGCCAGACAGUUGGCUUUCAUGUCAACUAUGGCCUUCAGCAUCAUCACUAUUCUCAAGGAAUUGGUGGCGUGGGAGUGGGAGAAGGAAACUUUAACAUAGCACCGCAGUUCAGAGCUAACGGUGGAUGGCAAAGAAACUCAUAUAGUCAAGCCAAUAGUCUGAAUUAUAACACUGUUAAUGAGUUGCCUCGGAUGCAAGCUAUUAUCACACCAUCGUCUCAGAUGCAAAUGGAUUUCACCGAUUCAAUACAGUAUCGUAAUCAGAUGAACCAAGACGAGAUCCGAAAGAUGCAAAUUAUAAGGGAGAUAGUUCAGAGUCAAGCUUAUGCUGCAGUAGCUGAUACACAAACUAACAAUGUCCCAAUGUAUCCUCCGUGUGGACCGUUUGUAGCAACAUUGAUUGAAGAAGAAGAGAGACAGAACAAGGACCAGACAAAUGUUGAUGGAAACUGUCAGAUCAAAGAAUACCCGAAAAUUCCAUACAUACGCAGGAGCAACUGGGAAGUGCUUCCUGGUAUGGACGACAUAGAAGAAGAUAGAUGCGGUGGCUAUGAGCUGCCUGGCUCAAUUGUCGAGAUUGGAUCUGGCUGCCGUAGCUAUCGCCUCCAAGGAACACCGGAAUCUGGUAGCGUCCCAUGCUCUCGGACACUUGAGAUGGCGGAUGGGUUGCACGGAGCCAUCUCUGUACGUAUAUUUGCACAUGUUUCCAGAUCCAAGCCCGCAGUGGUUCAUCCUCCACCCCGUGCAACGUCGGCUGAAACGGGUCUUUUCGAGAUUAUGCCCCUCAACAUCCAGUGGAGUGUGGUGACAGACAAGAAGGAGGUUUACGUGGUGGAUGAGGAUGGUGACAACUUGUCCCUUUCACCAGGUAAAUGUGUGUUGGUGGCAACCGGGAAAACAGAUUCUGAGCCACAGUACAGAACCGAUUGGUGUUGCUUUGGGUCGUCAUUCUUUUUCUGCGGUGAUACCCGCGGGAGGAUACUUUGGUGUUUGCCAGAUGACUUGGAUUGGAAGCAAGUCAAGGGUUUAGAAGAGCUCUCUGGUUAUGAUAUCUGCAAACUCUGCUGCAACUCUGCUUGGAGGAUUUUCAUCUUCUGGAAAGCGCCGCUGACUUUGGAGCUUUGGUGUGCCGAGAUUUCCCUGCUGAAACACACAAGACCCGAGGAAUGCGAGCUUUGGGCCAAGAUUGAGUGGUCCGGUGCUGUCCUCUCACAUUCAUGUGUUGGUCUUAACUUGUUAUAUGCUGGUUUUACCUAUGUCUGAAUAUCCUUUGUCUAAACUAUUUAUUCAUUUUAAAUCACAUAUAAGUUGCUUUCUUUUGUGUGUGUGUGUGAUUUAUCUAAUUUGCAAUUACUCUUGUGCUCGUCAAGUAUUGUAUUGAUAUUUUGCUUCAUCAGGCUCUGCUUCGCGUUAAACUGCCUCUU